CUGUAGGGGGCGCUGAUUGACUUUGAUCUUGGCAUCUUUAUCUGUGGAGGAAGAGCGUCUGUCACUAAUAACGAAUAGUGAAAAAGCUCUUGUCAUGACAACAGUCCACGUGCCUGAAAGACAAGUGGAUCAUAAUCCAGCUGAGACGUCAUGGAUCUCCGCGUGUCCUGGUGGUCUGUGGAAAGUGCACAGAAGAUGGCUUGGGCCAAGACCAAAAGGGGACAAUACGCCUAUGAUGGGAUCAUUAUGUAAAGUGAAAGUGCGAAGAAAGAGUGAAAACACAUCACAUACUUCUUCUGAUGAACAGGAAUCAAUAGCCAAUGUUGAUUGUAGUAUGCAGGCUACCUCAUAUCCUCGCACCCAUGACUCUGUACUGCAAGUUCCACUAGAUGAGUGGUUUUUGUUGCGUAUGGGAGAGGGUCAGUGUGACAUAAUAGAGGGCUGCCUGGAAGGGAUGAAGGCUGGAGAGAUGUGUGAGUUUACACUAAGUGCCUGGGAUGAAAAGAAUGCCAGUGCUAUAUGCAGUGAUGCUACCAUUCCCCAGACUGAAAGUGCAUCAGGCCAGCAGUUUCUCUGCUUCACACUACAGCUACACUCAGUUACCUCUGGGAAAGAGUCAUGGCAGAUGACACCUGGAGAAAAGUGGACUUGGGUGCUGUCUCACAAGCAAUGGGGCGGCCAGAGGUUUGGGAAUGGAGAUAUCUGGGGGGCAGCAGACUGCUACUGCAGAGCUGUUAAACUGGCAAUAACGUUACAUGGCCAGACCCAAAGAAACACAAAAGAGAUGUCUCAAGAAGGUGUGGAAGAAGAUAAUGACAACAGUUUGCCAUCUUCCGAUGCUAAGGAAGAAGAUGAGGCCGAAAGUUCUUCAGACUCCAGCAUUCCCACUGAGGAGGAGUAUAAAACUGUCAAAGCAGAACUUCACUCCAAUCUCUCUUUGUGCCAGCUUAAGUUAGGACAGUUUGGAAAAGCCAGAGAUAGUAGUAUCAAAGCCACUGAGCUAAACCCAAAGAGCACUAAGGCCUGGUACCGGCUUGGGCAAGCUUGCCUUCAGCUCGGGGAGUUGGAUGAGUCCCGUAUGGCCUUUGAAAAGAUGCUGGAACUCCAACCUGAUUCAGCCUCCGCUCGCAGUGCUUUAAAACAAGUCAAUUCAAAGUUAAAAGAUUUAGACAGUAAACUCAGUCAAAGGCUGAGCAAGAUGUUUAACUAGGAAAUAAUUAAGAAGGAAGAGAAGUUAAGAAGUUUAUCAUAGUCAAAAAAGAAACAGAAUGUGUAUUUCAAUAUUGGAUAAUAAUUAUACGUAAAACGAGCUGACUGUUAUGUAAAUAGUCUUAUUAAUAGGUCAUAUCUGCCUUGAAAUUUGAAAUGUCCAAUUUAUUUUUCAGGGCUUUUCUUGUAACCUAACUCCAAUUUGUAUGGAUAGUGUAUCUACGUAUACUAUCUCAUUCGAUUUAAAUUAAGACAUUAACUGAAUGUAACUUUUUUUAAUAAAAGAUUUACUGUUUUGUGUAAU